AGGAUCUAUCUGAUUUCAUAGAUGACAGACCACUUUGCAGCAGUCUGUAAUCAAACAUCCACCAAAGAAUGGAUACAGGUGUUCACAUCCCAUGGUCCUACUGUCAUCAUGCCAACUUGGUUCUGCUCUCGAAAAUGGUUUGACUACAUUGGAAAGUUUGAUGAAGGUGGAAAAGGUGUCCCUGAAGAUCUAUUGUUCUUUUACGAACAUCUUCGAAAGGGAGGGAGUGUAUUUCGUGUGAAUCACUGUCUGCUUCUCUAUCGCUAUCACCUGGAGGCUGCAACUCAUGCUGUGUUAGAGAAGCCGGAGGAUUUGCUGGCUUCACCUCUACAAAGGGUGCAACAGUUAUCAUGCCACCACGGAUCGCAGCGUGGACCAGUUCUGAUAGUCGCUUCUGCGCACUCGGGGGUCAAUGCAAAAGAGAAAGCAUUAGAGGGAAUGCUGUCUGAAG